GCCUCACACAGGGUGUUCCUCGCCCUCCGGCGCCAGCCCUGCCCCCUUCGUUUUCUGCGCCCUCUUCGCACAGCGCCCCCGGACCGCUCCGAGGGCGGCCUUUUGAAAAACCUUUGUGGAGGAGCGAGUGGACCAGAGCCGGGGAGCUGUCUGAGGGCGAGGCGGCGCGCGAGCUCGGAAGAGACGAUGGCUUCCUCCUCCGGCAACGAUGACGAUCUGACUAUCCCCAGAGCUGCGAUCAAUAAGAUGAUCAAAGAGACUCUCCCCAAUGUCCGGGUGGCCAACGAUGCCCGGGAGCUGGUGGUGAACUGCUGCACUGAAUUCAUUCACCUGAUCUCUUCGGAAGCCAAUGAGAUUUGCAACAAGUCGGAGAAGAAGACCAUCUCUCCGGAGCAUGUCAUUCAAGCCCUAGAAAGUUUGGGCUUUGGCUCUUAUAUCAGUGAAGUAAAAGAAGUUUUACAAGAAUGCAAGACUGUAGCAUUAAAAAGAAGAAAGGCCAGUUCUCGUUUGGAAAACCUUGGCAUUCCUGAAGAAGAGUUAUUGAGACAACAACAGGAAUUGUUUGCAAAAGCUAGACAGCAACAAGCAGAACUGGCCCAGCAGGAAUGGCUUCAAAUGCAGCAAGCUGCCCAACAAGCGCAGCUUGCUGCUGCCUCAGCCAGUGCAUCUAACCAGGCAGGAUCUUCUCAGGAUGAAGAAGAUGAUGAUGAUAUCUGAAAUUCACCAGCUGAGGUUCUGUUUCCUCUAUAAAUGUUUUCCCUGCACAAGAAAACAGUGAAAGAAAUGCUUAUCUGUAAUUUUGUAUGCAUCUUGGUGGACUUGCCACUGGUACCUAGGGAUGUCUGCUAUUGAUUUUCAUCUAUUGUGUGCUAUUCAUGUGAAAACUGUCUCUUUGAACAAUUGAAAAUUUAAGGUUCAGUAUAAUAUCAAUUUUGAAUUUUUAAUGGUGUUUAUGAGAUUUUAGAUAGCAGUGAGUCCUUUAUUGAUCAAUAAACAGUGUUACAGAAAACUUCAACUUUAUAAAAGUACAGUGAAAUUUAUACAGAAACUCUAAAUCCGUAUUUUCAUUUCCUCUGCCCUUUUAACUAAACUAAAAAUUGGGAAUAUUAAAUUAUUGUGGGAGGGGGUGCUGUGUAAUACAGUAGGCAUUAGACCAGAUUGGUUAAAAAGAACGAGUUCAUUUCUGUAGUAUGUGAUUUUUUUUGUCUUUUAAAAUGAGUAUAUAUACAGGCUAUAUAUGUGUGUGUGUGUGUGUGUGUAUACAACAAUAGUGUUCUGUUGUAUGUAUAGGCCACACAAACACAUAUAUGCUCAGAUAAAUAUACUUAUUUGAAAGAAUUUCAAAACAAGCCAUUCAAAAACUAGGAAAGGGGGGGAGGGGGAUAUGUUCCAUAGUAGUGUAUAAAUUUGGUGGGUCAUGUUUUUUAUUUUGUUUUUGUUUUAUGUAAAGGUAAAACCUAUUGUUUUAUUAUGGCAUAAUUCAUCUUGAGCUACACUAUUACAUUUCAAAGACUGCCCGAUUUUGAGGACUGUCAUGAUUCUUACUAUUUCACUCCAUUAAUUGUCAGUAGUAUUACUUACUUAGUCCAUCCAUGUUUAUUGGAACUUGUGAAACAAUUGCUUAGGUUUUAUUGGUUUAACUGAGGUUAAUGAAUAUUCAAACCUUUGCUGGGGAAAAGGAAAGUUAAUGAGCAUGCUUGCUGUAAAAGAGGGAUUUUUUGUAAUUUAACUUAUAGUUUACUUAUUGUUUGUUUUUCGCAUUACUCUUACAUUUUUUUGACUAGAUGGCCUACAGUGUCCAAUGCUUCCUUUUGAAAUGACAUCAUCUCCAUCAUAGAGUGAUAGCUUUAAAAAUUGAUUUGUUUUGUUUUAAAAAACAUGUCAUAACUAGUCAGCCCUAUAUGAAACAUAAAAUGUAGUUUCAACCUGCUCAUUAAAAGGGAGGAAGCUUUAAUUUGGUUCUCAUAAAUAAAGUAUGGCAGUGAUUUUUAUAGGAAUCCAGUGUGUUGAAGAAAUGGCAUCUUGUUUGUAUUUUGGAAACAAUGGAAAAAGCCACUUAAGAUUGUAUGAGGUAAUCUAAUCUAAAUUCCUUUGUCAGUUGCCAAACUAUUUAAAUUUCUGUAUUCACCAAGCCCAAAGAUAAUUUGCGGCUGUCAGGAUUUCAAUUUUAAUUGGAGAGCUAAAUAAAGUUUACAAGUAUUAGAUUUCUUAAUGAUCAUAUUUUGCACUUUUAGGAAAAGUGAAAUAUUGUUAAACAUUUAUUAAAUACACUUCCCCAUGCCACAAAAAGGUUAAUUUUGCAGAAUGUUUUAAGUUGAAGUUGACAUUGUAUCUAUGAUGUGCUUUGGACAACAUAGAAGGGAUUGUGUGUUUUUUUAAAGUUUAAGUACCAAAGGUAGUCUAGUCUAAGACACAGUAAGUUAAUAAGUGUUGGCUUUUCUAAUUUGUACUGUAACAUCCUUAUACUUGCUAUUUUAAGUGUACCUGUUUCUGAAGUAAACAACUUAGAUAUUUUUCCACACCUUUUUUUUCUGAUGCAGAGUUCAGGUUAAUUAAUAUUUUACUGCAUCUGAUAAUGUAUUAUAUGUUUGAAGCCUAGUGAUUUUGCAUUUGGACAUUCUUGUGAUUUCAUAUGCUGUAUUCUUCAAGCAAUAAAAUUCUGAUGUGUUUUAUAAA